UUUUUUUUUAUUGCUUGCUGUUUAUUUGCCGCCCAUGAAAACGAAAAAAAGGCGCAUUCAAUGGACCUACAGAGUAGUCAUAUCCUGGCACCGUGACAAUGGCCAUUCAGGGGAUCAGGGUAUCUAUCAGCGGCCCCCACGACCAUACCUGCCAUACCCGCCAUACCUGCCAUACCUGCCAUACCCCCCAUACCCGCCGCCGUAGCCGCCACCAUAGCUACCGCCAUAUCCGCCGUAGCCACCUCGAUAGCGGUACAACACGCGAGCGUCCUCGACAUCACUGGUCGCGAUCUCAUCACGUUUGUUGUAACGACCACCAUGGCCAUGACCGCCAUAACCGCCACCACCAUAACCGCCGCCACCGCCGUGGUACAGGUCGUUAUCCGUGUCAUCUGCAUCGUCCACAGAGUAGUCAUCGCGCUUCAUGCUGCGGCCGUGAGAAUAACCGCCGUGGUCACCGUAGCCGCCGCGACCACCGCCAUAGGAAUACUUGUCGGCCUCGGUCGUCACGGCGGUCGUCACAGCGGUCGUCACAGCGGUCGCAGCUUCUGUUUGAAGUGGGUUGGCCGAAACGAGGCCAAGGAGGAGGGCCACGAGGCUGAGUAAAGCGAGGGAACGCAUGGUUGUUGAGAGUGGUUGCUUUGAGUGUUUGAGGAAGUAGUGCUUUGGUUUGCGUAGAGAGAUGUUGUC